UCAUAAAAUACUUUUAAACUUUGGAAAACUAAUUAAGUAUUAUAGCUAUUUUUCAUCAUUAAGUGGAAUAGUUAAACAAUAAGCGAAAAGUAAUAUUAAAAAUUAUAAUAAGUGAGCGGAAAUCAUAUAGUGGUAACUCGUAAAUAUGUUUAGGUAUUUCAAAAACUGAUUAACAAUAACUGACACAGUAUUAAUUAAAUAGCGUAUAGCAUUUAAAUCAUUUACAAAGAAUUAUUAUAAAAUUUUAAACAUGCCUAAUGUAUCAGAAAACCACCAUGAAACCGAGAAAAUAUCACUCAGUUCAGUAAUCAUUAUCCACCCAGGGUCACUAAAUUUAAGAAUUGGUCGUGCAGUUGACCCUAUACCUCAUACUGUUAUACAUGGUAUUGCUCGACCGGUCUCGAAGUUCUGUGGUAGUUAUAAGAGAUAUGAUCAAAUUCUGACAGCUCUACCGAAUAAAAAUUCAGAUAUUUGGGCCACAAUGGAAGAUAGUAGACUUCAAGCAUCGCACAUGUUACAAUCUAGCUUGCAAUCGAACGGUGAUAGAAGAUAUGCGACUCCUCCUCAACAAAUAGCUGCUUAUAAUCGAAAAUCUAAACCACAACUGCUUGAAAUUCCUCCCCAACAGUUUAUUGACCCUGGAGGCAAUAAAACUGUGUUUGGAGAAGAAAUAUUCAGAAUUAAUCCUUGUCUUCAAUAUAAUAUCUCCUUUCCCAUAGUUAAUGGGGAAUUAAAUAUAAAUGACAAAAUUGGAGGCUCGUUAACUGCUGUCUUAUCAGAUCUAGAAGCUAUUUGGACACAUUUUAUUAACAACUUGUUAAAUAUCCCUACAACAGAAUUUAAAAAUUAUAGAGUUAUUCUGAUUAUACCAGAUAUAUUUAACAGAGUUCAUGUUAGAGAAAUGAUGUCACUAAUAUUGAAUACCAUGAAAUUCAAAGCUUGCAUCCUUAUACAGGAUCAUGUUGCUGCGACUUUUGGUGCUGGUUUAGGCUAUGCAUGUGUUGUCGAUGUAGGUCAUCGAAAGACAUCUGUGAGUUGUAUAGAAGACGGCAUAUCGCAACGUAAUACACGUAUAAGAUUACGCUAUGGAGGAGCAAACAUUACACAAACAUUCCACUGGCUUCUAAAGAAAUGUGGUUUUCCUUAUACUGUAUGUGAUCCCUUAAAAAACUAUUAUGAUGCAACACUGUUACAACAAUUAAAAGAAGAUUUUUGCCAUUUAAACUUAGAUAAGUGUGGUUGCAUGGAAAGAUCAGUAAUUGUAAAAAAACCUACUGAACCAGUAACACAAUAUACUAUUCAGGUGGGUGAUGAAGCAAUGAUCGCAGUAUUAGGUGUGUUUAAUCCAACAUUAAUGGGAAUCACUGACAAUAAUCAUUAUGUAAUCCAAGAAGGAUCUAAAUCACUACCUGAAGAUCCAUAUGACGAAGAAUUUUUAAGAGAAACUAGUAGACGAGGUACUGGUCGUGAAUUGGAAACUGAAACUCAAGCUGAGAAUAGUAUAACACACAACACAGAGGAAGAAAUUUGUGUAGAUCAAAUUGAAACAGCUGGCAAUUAUUUUGACAUUGAAACGGGGAGACCUCAAAGCCUCGAUAAAGUAAUCGUGCAGAGUAUUGAAAGGCUAAAUUCAGAUGACAUAAAGCGAAAAAUGUAUAGUAGUAUUUUGGUUGUUGGCGGUGGAUUAAAAUUUGAAGGUGCGUGUGCUUGGUUAAAGAGCAAAAUAUCUCUUAACGCACAACAAGUUUAUUAUGGAGGACACAUUGAAAUUAUAAAUUCACCCAAAGAUUUGGAUCCUCUAAUUGUUACAUGGAAAGGGGCCUCUAUACUCGGGGGCCUAGAAUCAUCCAACGAACUUUGGAUCACUGGAAAAGAAUGGUCAUCUUGGAGUAUUCGAAUUUUAAAAGAACGAGCAAUGUUUAAUUGGUGACUUUUUUAAGCAUAUAUUUUAUACAUAAAUUGUUUGUAAAUAUAUUAAAUUAAUACUA